AUGAGAAAGGAAAGGAAAAGGAAAAUGUCUAAAUACACGAGACCGGUUUACAGCAGGCCGAGAACAAAAGUCUACGAUACAAAUUACAACAUCGGAGAAAGUUAUUAUAAAUCCGCAUUGGACGGAUUAGAUAGAAAAUAUGGGAAAACGAAUCCCGGAGAUUUUUUUAACAGUUCAAUGACGUCACAACCACCGUUCGGUGAAAGAUCUGGAAUGGGAGGAGGAGUAGGAGGAGAAUCGUCCGCAACGAGAAGCGCGAUGAAAGAAAUGGAUGAUUUUUUCGACGAUAGAAAAAAAAAAAAAAUGGGAUCAUUGAUGGACGAACCAGCGUUCGACGACGUUUUCACAAGUCGAAUGAAAAACGGAAAUCCAUCGCGAAAUCUCGCGAGAGCUUUAGAAGACGAAUUCGACCAAGACGUGGCAUCCUCGAUGAGAAAAUUAAAAUCCGUUAAAAUAUCGAAAUCGAUGGCGGAAAAUUUCGACGACGAAGAUAUCGCAUCCUCGAUUCGAGAUAGAAAAGAUUCGAGACUCAAAUCGAAAUUAGAUUUUUCCGAUAAGUUAAUGGAUAGCGUGGGAUUAACCGGAAAAGCGAGAGCCGCUUUGGAAGACGAUGACGGUUUCACGAGCAAGAAAAGAUUUAUUAAAAUGACGUCAUCAACCGAAUUCGGCGGCGAUACGGAGGAUUUGACAAAAUGGACGGCGUUGAAACCACGUAAAUUUUUAGAAUCCGAUUCGUCUUCCGAUUUGCUGUCGUCGGGUGCAGCUGCAAGAGCUUUGAAAUCUCGCGCGAGACUCGAAGAUUUAGAAUCGGAAAUGCAAGCUUUGUCGGAAAAAAGCGCGGCGAGAGAAAAACGCGUUCGAGAUUUAAAAGCUUUGGUACAAGAAAACGAAGCCAACGCCAUUGACAAUUUACAAUCGACCGUUAAAAUUUCUUCAUCCAUACAAUCCGAAAAAAGGAAAGUUAAUUUUUGA